AGAGAAUAAAGUGAACGAGACAGAAAGAGAUCCAGGAGAAGAAAGGGGCCCAGCAAAUUACAGAAAAAAGAUUAUAUUCCUCAUAUUUGCAACUAAGCCUCCAUCCCCAAGUCUCCCAAAUGCCUUAAACACCGCAAUCCGCCCCAAACACCUACCAUUUGCUCGACGAAAUUCCUCAGCCGAAAUCAAACUAACCAUGGAGUCGAGCAUUUUGGAGUCCAUCGGGGUCGAGAUAAUUGGCGUGAUGUCCCCAGUGUCAAUUUGUAUGCUUUUGGUGGUUCUCAUUGUCUAUUCCCUCUCCCCAUCAAACCCUUUUUCUGACGCUGCCUCGGCCCCGCCGAUCCGCACCCCUGCCAACCUUGUCUACGUAGAGAACCCCUCCGACUCGGCUGCCCAGAAACUGGAAGGUGCCCUACUUAAUGCGCUGGUGUUUGUUAUUGUUAUUGCCGUCUUCACUUUUCUUCUGGUUCUCUUGUACUACUACAAAUUCAACAACUUCUUGAAGAAUUAUGUGCGAUUCUCGACCUUUUUCGUGCUAGGUUCAAUGGGGGGCUCAAUAUUUUUGUCACUGAUUCAGCAUUUCUCAAUUCCUGUUGAUUCCAUUACUUGUUUUAUCCUGUUAUUUAAUUUUACAAUUGUGGGUGUAUUGUCGGUGUUUUCUGGUGGGAUACCGAUUUUUCUGAGGCAAGGAUAUAUGGUAGCAUUAGGGAUAUUUGUGGCAGCUUGGUUUACUAAGUUACCAGAGUGGACUACAUGGGUUCUGCUGGUGGCAUUGGCAGUAUAUGAUUUGGUGGCAGUUUUGGCACCUGGUGGGCCGCUUAAGCUGCUGGUGGAAUUGGCCCAGACUCGAGAUGAGGAACUUCCAGCACUGGUUUAUGAGGCUCGGCCAGCAGUUUCACAAAAUAUGAAUAAUCAUGGUCGGAGUUUGGACCUUUUGAUUGGAGGAGUUUCUGAUUCGGGGUUGGUGGAGAUGCAAACAAUGUCAAAUCACAAUGUGAAUCAAAAUGAGAAUGAAAAUCAUGUUAACUCUGAAUAUGCUGUCAUUCCAGUUAGGAAUUCUGGGAAUAUGGAAGGUGUAGGAAAUAGAAACAAUUCAGAGAUGUCCCCGUUGGUUGGUUUUUCUCAGGAAAGGAGCUCAUCAAGCAGUGAAUCAUCAGAGUAUUCAACUGUGGUUGGUAAUCGGGAGACUGAAAUUGUUGUGGAUGAGGAAAGGUCUCCUCUUGUUGAUAUGCUGGGAUUGGGGAAUCAGAGGGAGCAGGUUAGGAGGGAUGCUUCUGAAAACCCCAUGGUUGCCAGUAAAGGUAUAAAACUUGGUCUUGGAGAUUUUAUUUUCUACAGUGUUCUUGUGGGUAGGGCUGCAAUGUAUGAUCUCAUGACAGUAUAUGCAUGCUACCUUGCAAUUAUUUCAGGACUUGGCUGCACUCUUAUUUUGUUGUCAGUGUGCCGCCAAGCUUUACCGGCUCUCCCAAUUUCUAUAGCAUUGGGUGUUGUCUUUUACUUCUUGACUCGGUUAUUGAUGGAACCUUUUAUUGUUGGGACAGCAACAAAUCUGAUGAUGUUUUGAUCCUCUGUUGUAACUAAAAGGAGGAUUUUUUAGCACUGUUCAUAGAAAUACUGAUGUCUUCAGGUGCAAAUUUUGUACACAGUAUGGUUAGCAUUACUUACCAAAUUAUCUUUCUCAUUUGCUCAUGUAAGUUUCUCACAAUUGAAGUCCGAAAUUGGCUGUUGCAAUUACCUGAAGAUAAUCUUAGUCUAAUUUGAUUGCCCUUUGGGUUUUAGCUUCAUAGAA